AUGACCAAGGAUCAAACUGUGGAUGUAGACAUUAGUAAGCAUCCAAGAAGCGAUGGACUACAAAAGGGUGUGAAUGGAGGACGUUAUUAUAAUAGUAAUGGUGGAACUGUUAAUCUGACGAGUGCCUGGUAUCCUGAUCCAGAAGGGACUUACUGGAAGUUUACUCAUACUCCAAAGGGUGGUAGAAUAGGUAAGAUUAAUAAGGGAUAUUCUAACCUUUCUACAAUUACUGAAUUUAAUAAUAAUGAUAAGAAGAGUGCUUCAGUCUUUUACUGGGGACAGGAUUAUAACUACGGCAAUCCUCUCCUAAUUCAACUUGGCGAGGGAGGCUCCUCAGUUUAUUACAUCACUGAUAAUGGUACUUCUUGGAGCAAACAAGGUGAAAUAAGUGAUAGUAAUCUCAGGAAAAAAUUAGAUGAACGAAACUGCAAAAGAAAUGGAGCUCACAUAGUAGACAUUUCACAGAAGGGUAAUUCUGGUUACACUCCUUACACCUGUCCUGGUUGUAGCGACAAUCAGAAAAUUAAAGUGUCAUACGACAACGGUUAUAGCCCAUCAGAUUACAGCUACUAUACACCUUUUACUCAUGGAUCCAUCUCAUUCUCGGUAACUAGUUUAAAGUAUAAUGACUAUUGGCAAGCUGGACUUCCAUCUCUAAAGGAUGUCAAAAGUAUCACGGUCUACUGGUAUAAGACGGGUAGUGCAAAUCCCAUCAUAGUUACCCAGUUCCAACAAGGUGGGAACAAGUGGUUCAGAAGGAAUACUAGAGAUGGAAACACUUGGAUCGAAGUCUCUAAUACUAAUGCUCUUCCUAGUGGAACUCCUCCUAAACUGGACCUCGACCUCUCUAAAUCGUCUGGUAUAACAUAUUUUGGUGGAAGUACUACAGGCAUAGGUGUAGCUGUGAGAUUUUGUCAUAUCGGAGAUGGCUAUUACAGAUGGCAGUAUUCUCUCAAGGGUGGUCUCUUUAAUGUCACUCGAAUUAGGCACGAGAAUACUCAGCUUUCUGAUAUAACACCCCCUUCCGAGAAACUACUUAGUGUUUCUGCAUACUACUCUGGAUAUGAUCUCGGAAAUACUAUAGGCCCCCUAUCUAAUCUUAUCCUGGUUGAAGUGGUUACUAGUGAGACAGGAACAAACCCUAAGUAUCUAUACUAUCAAAAGGAAAAUAAGGAUGGAACUAAUUGGAAAGAGCUGGUUAGAACUGAAGGAGGAACUGGUAAACAACUUGUUGGUGAAGCUCUAAAAGUAUUAUUGGUUAACCUUAAGGAGUUUAAGAAAACACUGAGCGAGCUUAAGGAUUUAAAAGCCAAACUUGAGGAACUUGAGAGACUAAAGACUAAGUCUCCAGAGUCGUCUACCACCACCAUAGCUGGAUCAUCUGUUGGCAGUGGACUAGGCGGAGCAGGGUUGGGUGCUCUUGCUAUGUGGAAGGGACCUUCUCUACUUGCACGACUAAUCACUCGCAUGUAG